CAAAAGAUUGAAUUGAUUGGCAGAAGUCCCUCAAUUCGACACCAUCUCCUCGCUAUUUUCGUGUUUCGGAGACUUGUUCCACUUUUUCAACGCAAGAAACUUGUCCUUCUGGGUUCCGUCAACUACUAGAGUUAAACUAUUCUAGUUCCGUGUCGCCUAAAGUGGAGUUCUAGUGUCGCUGCGGUUAUCUCAGGAAUCAUACUAGAGUGGUCCUAUAUUCAAUCCUCCUCCGAAGAAUUAUAGGAUCCUCACAGAAAUCUAGCGGGUCAAUAGACCAACCAGGAUUCCAGUGACAAAGAAAGAAAAAAGGAGCAGGAGCGGCGAAAAUGGCCUCCGCCGAGCAGACUUAUCCGGUGCUACCCAGCACCUUACUCAUCAUCUCCCUGAAGAUGUACUUCACACCCACUCGGACACUGGACUAUCUCCGCGCUCUGCUCGACCCCAAAAAUGACAUUGUCCGGCCAGCGAACCGCUCCAAGCUACUACUAGCUCUGAUCCCCGACUUCCUGACUAUCUACCCCAGCAACGAAAUCAUCAAAAAUUAUGAAUCCAGCCUAGCCCCCCAAGAAGCCAAGACCUCGUCAACCUUGCCACCCCCGUUCCUCCUCGGCGCUCAAGACUGCUUCUGGGAGCCGCUGGGCGCCUACACCGGAGAAGUUUCCCCGGUCGCCCUCCGCUCCAUGGGCGUUUCCAUCGUGGAACUCGGCCAUGCUGAACGUCGCUCCAUCUUCGGUGAAACAGACAACCAGACGGGGCGUAAGGCGGCCGCAGCCUCCGCGCAUGGAAUGGUGCCGCUGGUCUGUAUUGGCGAAAUCACAGCGCCAGGCCCUGUUGCGUCAGAGGCCGUCGAGCUAGCCGUGCGCGAAUGCGAGGUACAAGUCCGGGCAGUUCUAAAUGCCAUUCCCCCCAGCGCACCGGUGAUCUUCGCCUAUGAGCCUGUAUGGGCGAUAGGAAAACCUGCGCCGGCAGGAGUCGAUCAUAUUUCCGCUGUGGUGAAAAGGAUCAAAGCGUCGAUUGGAACGCGUCCUGGUGACGUCCGCAUCUUGUAUGGGGGAAGUGCCGGGCCGGGCCUGUGGGGCGCGGGCGGUCUGGGGAAAGCUGUUGACGGCAUGUUCCUAGGUAGGUUUGCGCAUGAGGUCGAUGGUGUGCGUAAGGUGGUCAGAGAAGUCGAGGAGACUUUGAAUGCCGCUUGAUCCUCCUUGUAUUCCUAUUCUCGUAGUAAUGGUAUGCUGUGAUGAAUUGCAUUUGCAUAAUAGAGCAUGGUUCUGCGAUCAGAUGACGAAGUCUCUGUGAGCUUUGAAAUGUUAUGUCUUACAUGACCCUUUCUGUUCCACGUCCCUUUAUUAUCAUCAUUUUCUAUAGGAAACUU